AUGUCGAUCGACAUCGAUGAAGAAGAGAAAAGAGAGACGAACGAGAGGACCUGUUUAUGGAGGCAACGGAAGCACAAACAGGGUCAUGCACACGGGAUUCAGCUGCAAAGACAAAAGAGACAGAGCAGGAAAAAUACCCAAAUAAUAGCCAAUGCCACUUCUGUAACCCUGAACCGCCUCUCCACGUCCCAAUCGGCCGCAGCACCCCUCACAAUAGCCGCCGUCCACCCCUCAUGCCAAAAAUGUGGUCUGAUACGCAGUAGCUCUGCUAAGAACGUGAAAGCACAACGCAAGCCCCACCAUGCCGCCGGAAGGACACUAAGGCCCCGACAAAGCAACAAGGGAAUAUACCAGCGGCGGUCAACACCUAGAAUCACUGCAACUCGAGGAUGGAAGGGCUCUGCGGACGGGGAGAAAGCAUUGGAGGACGAAAACGGAGGUGGAGAAUCAUUCGAGGUCGCCGAGCGAGUGCGGGAGCUGUUCUGUUGGAGGAGGAAAGGAUUGGCUGUAUGGGGUGGUUGGCUUGGAUUGUCCAUGAAGUUGAUCGAUGUCGGCAAUGACCAGAGUCAGGUGAACGUCGAGGAUUGCCUAGAUAAAGUUCUGUCCCUAGCACGGCAUCAAUCCUUCAAAGAAAUUCUAUCGACGCAAAAGCCCCGACAGGAAGCUGUCAAACAAACGUUCCUUCGUGCCUGGAAUGCGUACAGGAAAUACGCAUGGAUGCACGACGAAGUUACUCCGCUCACAAGAGGAUCUUACAACACUUUUGGCGGAUGGGCAGCUACCCUUGUUGACAGUCUUGACACCCUAUGGAUAAUGGACCUGAAAGAUGAGUUCCACGAAGCUGUUCGCGCCGUUGCUGACAUCGACUUCACCAUGACUAAAUCCGUGGAAAUCAACGUCUUUGAAACAACAAUCCGCUAUCUCGGCGGCCUUCUAUCAGCCUAUGAUCUAAGCGGAGAGCCGGGGCUUCUCACCAAGGCCACGGAGCUGGGAAACAUUCUCUACGUUGCCUUUGACACUCCAAACCGCAUGCCUGUUACGCGCUGGAAGAUCCAUGCCGCGUUCCUCCACCACAAGCAAGAGGCCUCUGCCCACUGCCUCCUUGCCGAAAUCGGCUCCCUGACGAUGGAAUUUACCCGCUUGUCGCAACUCACCAAGGACCCUAAAUGGUACGAUGCUGUUCACCGAGUUACAAAAUUAUUCGAGGAACAACAGGGGGAAACGAUGCUUCCGGGAAUGUGGCCUCUUAUUCUCGAUGCGCGCAAGCGAAAUCUACAGGGGCAAAGGAAUAGCUUCACUCUGGGCGCGAUGGCUGACUCCUUCUACGAGUACCUGCCCAAGAUGCACGCGCUGUUGGGUGGCGUGGAUGAUAUGUAUGGGCGAAUGUACAAAGAUGCCAUGGCUGUGGUGGCCAAACAUGUCCUAUAUAGGCCCAUGGUGCCAGACAAUGCAGAUAUACUCUUUUCCGGCAUGGUGACUGCGUAUGCCAAUAGAAAUGUCCAGCUCAGUGCCGAGGGCCAGCAUCUCGUCUGCUUUGCCGGUGGCAUGUUUGCACUGGGGUCCAAAUUAUUCGAUAUCCCCGCCCAUAUUGAAUAUUGCACGUAUUCCACAUGGUUCCAUGCGCAGCCCAACGAACCUUGCGUCUCAGAUGAGGCAAAGUACAAGAAUGCAGUAGCCGACGCACAUGAAAAUUCCCGGCCCUCUCCCAACCAAGGACAAGGACAAGACCAAGACAACAGCGCAGAGGCAAUCAUAGCUCGCGAACGCCUCCCCAAGGGUAUUAAAUCCAUAACGGACAGGCGGUAUAUCCUUCGCCCGGAAGCCAUCGAGAGUGUCUUUAUUCUAUAUAGCACUACCGGCCGGACGGAGCUUCUCGAUACGGCAUGGGAGAUGUUCACGGCCAUUGAAAACAUGACGAAGAGUCCCUAUGGAAAUGCGGGGCUGGAUGACGUUACGACUGCGAGAGGAGCGACCGGGGAAGUGCCGUUGUCAAACCGCAUGGAGAGCUUCUGGCUAGCGGAGACCUUGAAGGCAUAUCAAGAAAUAGCUGUGAAGCCUGCGGAUGUACCCAAAAAUCCAAACACCGUUGCUGUCAUGAUGCAGGAGAGUCAAACCAACACAGCUGUGAAGGAAGAGAUGUCAGUGCCUAGGGUAGACUUGUCUGUCAAGUACGUUUGA